AAAAGAUACUUUAAGUAUUUUAAAUUUAUUGAAAAUGAUUUCGAAUAUUGUUUCGAAGUUCAUAUUUCGGCGAACGAUUGUUCUCUAUAGAUGUAAAAUCAGAAUGGAAUCAAACUUUUGUUAUACCAAUGAAUUAUCUUUUAUCAAUAAAAUGUAUUCGCCUGUAAUUCCAACCUAUAGAGUUUUGAAUAAUGAGUACAUACAGAAAUCACCAACCGUACAAGAAAUUGAAAUGGAUACAAAUUUGCUUGUUAAAAUGUAUACAACGAUGAUAUCAUUAAAUAUUAUAGAUACAAUGUUAUACGAAUGUCAACGUCAAGGUCGAAUUUCAUUUUAUAUGACAAAUUUUGGCGAGGAAGCAGUUCAAAUUGGUUCAGCUGCAGCAUUAUUAUCGGAUGAUAUAGUUUAUGCUCAGUAUAGAGAAAGUGGUAUUUUACUCUGGCGAGGUCUUAAUUUUUCAGACCUUAUAAAUCAAUGUUACGGUAAUUGUAAAGAUAAAAAUAAAGGAAGACAAAUGCCAGUGCAUUAUGGAUCAAAAGAAUAUAAAUUUGUUACUCUUUCAUCGCCUUUAACAACACAGCUGCCACAAGCUGUUGGUGCUGCUUAUGGAUUAAAACAAAUGCAGAAAAACUUAUGUAUAGUGUGUUAUUUCGGAGAAGGUGCAGCAAGUGAAGGAGAUGCUCAUGCAGCAUUAAAUUUUGCAGCUACAUUAAUAUGUCCAGUAAUAUUUAUUUGUCGUAAUAAUCAAUAUGCCAUUUCAACUCCAAUUCAACAACAGUAUGGUGGUGAUGGAAUAGCAGCAAGAGGCCCAGCUUAUGGAAUUAAUACGAUUCGAGUAGAUGGCAAUGAUAUCAUUGCUAUGUAUAAUGCUACUAAAUUUGCGCGAGAGUAUACGAUUCAAGAAAAAAAACCUGUACUGAUAGAAGCAAUGACAUAUCGUAUUGGACAUCAUAGUACAUCUGAUAAUAGUACAAUGUACAGAUCUAAUCAAGAAAUUAAUUCACAUAAAAAUAAAAUACCAAUUGUACUAUUUAAAAAAUAUUUAGAACAGUUUAAUCUAUGGGAUAUGAACAAAGAAGAAAAUUUUAUUAAUUUCAAUAAAAAAACCGUUUUAGAGGCAAUUACUAUAGCAGAAAAACAUAAAAUACCAUCGUGGGAAGAUCUAUUCACAGAUGUAUAUUAUAAAAUGCCUAAUCAUAUUAGUCAUCCAGUGGUCGAAGAGACAGGAUGGUUGGUUUAG